CACGACUUAUAUCUUAUACCUUUUUUUUUUACUCCGUACAGUAGUUAAAUUAAACCAACUACCCCCAACUUGCCAACUUGGACCUCCAACUCUACCUAACUAGUAUCGACCAGAACAUCCACCUUACUUCUAUCCCCCCCGCGCCCCCCUCUUCCCCACCAAAACCAACCAAAACCAACCAAAGCAAAGCAAAGCAAAUCAAAGCAAAGCAGCAAGACUGCCAACUACCAAAAAAAUGGACCCCCUCACGCUCUCCCUCCAAAAAAUCGACGCCCUCCACUCCCAAGACCCCACCAAAACCCCCACCACCAACACGCCCUACGAGCUACACUACGCCCAAAAAAUGACCAGCUACCUGUACAAGCACACCGCGACGCCAUCGCCGGCGCUCCAGCUCGCCAUCCGCGCCCAGCACCUCAAGCGCUGGGAAGUGCCGCGGGCGUCCUACCCGGCCGGGAAAGCGGGGUACUACGCGUGGCGGAGCGGGCUGGGGCGGCGCCAGGCCGAGAUGGCGGAGCAGGUGUGUCGGGAGAGUGGGAUUGGGGGGCAGGAGGCGGAGCGGGUGGGACGGUUGAUUCGGAAGGAGGGGUUGAAGGGGGAGUAGGGGGGUGGAUGCGGAGGCGCAGGUGUUGGAGGAUGUGGCGUGUUUGGUGUUUCUGGAUGAUCAGUUGGAGGGGUUUG